AUGAAUAAGAACAAUCGAAAUUCAUGGGACGCCCGUCGACCGUCAUUAGACCGCUGGUGGGAAUCAGCCGAAAACCAAAAUAACGAAAUGCCAGUCCAAUCGCCUACUUCACCAAAAGCGAUACAAAACACAGACCAAUGGAUCGAUCAAUCUUUGCAGUGGCCCGAAGAAAAUAUAGCUGUAAAAACCCGUAACAAAUGCUUUUCCAAUAAAUCAAAUUUAUCUGAAAUCUGCAAAAUCAAUCCAUGUGCGUGUAUGGAGCUUAAAUUAGUAAUCAGAUCCAACACAAAGACCUUAACGGAUGACGUGUGUGGCUUAUACCACCGAUGGAUGUGUGGACAACUGGCCACCAACUUGGAGUUUCACGAUGCGUUGUUAACACUCAUUAGUCUCCUUAAAACGCUCAUAAAAGACUUAAACAAUACAACUGCUAAACAUGAUCAACUUGAAUCGUUGGUCAAACGCUACGAAGAAUGCCGGCGCAAGUAUCGUGUAUUAUUAAUGCAGUUGGACCAAGGUAGUAUCGAUAGUCCACCGAGUGAAAAUUAAGUAUGAUAUGAAAAUGAUAGGAAACACUUUCAAAAGUUGUUCAACUAGUUCAAGCUAUAAAAUACGUUUUAGUUCAAACUUAUUAAAUUAAAUUUCACACCAUGUAAAA